UUUCGCUCCAUCGUUUCUCUGUCCUUUAUCGAACCUCGUCUCGUUUUUUUAGCUCGAAACCCUAACUUUUCAUUCUUAAUUAUUCGCUUUGUGAUUCUCGUUGUUUCUCAAUGGCGAAACCCUAAUAAUCAUUCUGUACUUUCCAUGGUUUUGAGUGGAUAUGAGGGGCCUGGUUUUCCCUUGUUCCUUCUUGGAGUUGCAGAGCAAAUGAUUGAUGUGAUACUCAUGCAUAAGAUCUCCUUCUCCAGGAAAUUUAGGAGAUUUUAGGGCAAAUUUUCCAGUCGAAUCGGCGGCAAGCGCUCUAAGCAUCUGGAGAACAGAGGUGUCGGUGCAAUUUUCACAGGCGAAAAAGAGAUGGGAUCUUUCAAGGGACACGUGAUACCAGGGACCCUGUUUCUCGUGGUGGGAAUUUGGCACCUGUGGAGCUCAAUUGUAUCUUAUGUCUCAAACCCAAGGGGUUUUAGGGUGAAGGCAUGGCACCCAGUUCAGGGGUAUGAGGGGAAAUUGAAACACUUAGAGCUUUACUUGGUAACAGGGGGAGCCCUGUUGGACCUAUGUAUAGAGCUAUUAUACUCCACCCACUUCACUUUUUUCGUGAAUGGGGAAUUGAACCCCUCUCACCUCAACGAUUUUGAGCACUCGGGAAUGUUGCUCAUGUUCUUCAUCUAUGGGGUCGUUGGUCUGCUAAGUGAGAAGACAAGGUUCCUACCUCUUCCAGAGGGAGGCCUGUGCACAGUAGUGGCCGCAGCAUUUUGUGCCGAAUACCUCCUCUUCUCCUUCCACUCAACCGCACACACUGGCCUUGAGGGCUAUUACCACCUCCUCCUCGUAUUCCUUAUCGCACUUUGUAUCCUAUCCAUCCUUUUAGGAUCCAUCUUCCCCACCAGUUUCCCUGCUGACCUUGCUAGUGGCCUUGCCAUAACUUUACAAGGCCUUUGGUUUUAUCAAACUGCUUUCUCUCUCUAUGGUCCCAUGAUGCCUGAGGGAUGUCACCUCAAGAAUAACGCCAUCUCAUGUCGAAACAGAGAACAGGAGGCCUAUGGCGAGUCAUUGGCCAACCUCCAAUUCUUUGGUUUGGUGUUCUUGACACUUUUGGGAGCUUUGGGCGCGUAUGGGUUCGCGUUUUUGCAGUAUGGACGCUGGGAAGAGCUAAGGGGCUUGAAUGAAGAAGAGGACGUGGUGGUUGAUGAUGGAUUGUUAAACAGGCAAUAGGAAUCAUCACAAUGUGUGGUUCUUCACUUCAUUCUCUCUCUAGUUUCUGAUAUCCCACUAAAUUUUAUCUUUUUAGAGCUCCCAAAUUUUAAUUUGAUGGGUGUUAUUUACACCUAUGAUGGUCCUUUUACAUAAGCAGGAUGGUGCAUUUGAUAGCUCCAUCACUGGAAUGUGAAAUUUUUUAUACAAAUUCUAGAGCUAUGUGGAAGGACAAUGACCUAACACAAAAUUUAGGACUUGAUUUUGUUUUAUUUUCUUCGUCUCCAUGAGCUUAGGAACAUAAGCCAUCUGAUUUCUUUGGGGAUGAACUGUAAUUAGCCGAUGAUUGUGUAAUUGAAUGGUGACAUUCUUCUUUU